AUGAAAUCAAUCCUAUUUUAUUUUGUUUUAUUAAUAUUUUUAAAUAAUUAUGUUAAUGGCAGAAUUUCAGUUUCUCCCGAGUAUUUAUCAUCUUCAGAUUUCAACUCAAAUCAUCUUGAACAAAAAUUAACAAGUGUUUAUUACAAUAAACCAAAUUGCACUGAAGGAAAUGAACUAUAUAUAAAAAUUAUUAAAGGCUGUAAUUUUAGAGGAAGGGUAGUAGGUAAUACCACUCAUUAUAUGUUUUAUGAUGAUGAUCCAGAAACACCUUUAAUAUGCAGUAACUUUGAUAAAAUCUCUGAAGUAGUUUUAAAAAAUACUUGUAUAAAUGAAAUUGAUGGGAGUUCCUUUCUAUAUAAAGAGUACAACAAUUCUGAUGAACAACUUUUAAAAAAACCUGGUACAAUGGUUACAUAUAUUUACCCCUUUAAAAGUUGUAGUGAAAAUGAAUUUAUUAUAAUAAAUUUUGAAAAUGUUUGUGAAGAUAUUAAUGGUCAAACUGCUCGUAAAAUAACAUUUGAUAAAUCAACGCUAAUUUACCAUAAUUGUAGUUCUGAAUGUGCUUCUUGUGAUCCUCAACUAACUACAAAUAUAGAAAAACCUCAAGAAAAGUGUUUCAAUCAAAAUAAUGAAACAAUAUUCACAUUAACUUUAUUUAAUCAAAAAGAAAAAAAUGCUAGUGCUUUUGAUCCUUCAAAAAAUGAAGGAAUUAUUUUAUUACAAAACUUUUUAUUUUUGGUCCCCAUGAUUACUAUUUUGAUAUUGUUUUUUUUUUAA